AAUGCUGGUUAUUGGCAGUCCUCUCCUCCCGCUGACAGCUCAGUGGGCAUCUACACUGAUCAUCAGGGCUCUGAUGAUCAGUGUAGCCCCAUCAGUGUCACCUGUCAGUGCCCAUCAAUGCCUCAUACCAGUGCACAUCAAUGCCACAUAUCAGUGCCCAUCAGAGCUGCCUUUCAGUGCCACCUAUCAGUGCACGGUAAUGCGCAUAACAGUUCUAAACAGUGCCAUAUAUGAGUGCUGCCUUUCAGUGCCCAUCAGUGAUGCCUGUCCAUGCCCAUCAGUGCCGCCUAUC